AUGUCCGAAGCGUACGAGCGCGAGCGCCAGAACAACUCGCGCCUGGACGAGCUGUCGGCCAAGGUCUCUGCGCUGCGAGGCGUGACCAUUGACAUCUACGACAAUGCGCGGGAGCAAGGCGUUAUCGACUCGACGUCCGACACCUUUUCCUCAAUGACGACGCAAAUCAAAGGUUCCGCUGGCAGGCUAGGACGCAUGGCAGCGUCUGGGAACAAGGUCGCGAUAUUCAAGCUGUCUGCCAUUAUCGUCGGUGUAUUCAUCGCCCUAUAUUACAUCUCGAAGCUGUUCUUUUAA